AUGCCUUCCAAAGAUCAGAAGAAGCUGGAUCAAAGCAUUUUGAAGCUCAAGCGUGUGCUAGCGAUUAGAGAUGUGGUGGAAAAGUUUGUUGCGGAGUACAACCAUGAGCGGGAUGCCAAUCAAGUGUCCGUCCGCCUUGAAUCCCUCGACAAGAUUAACAAGGAGUUUCAUCAUGCCCAGGGCGAAAUGGAGAUGAUUGACAGCGACCAUUUUGAGGAGCACAUUGAGGUGCGGACUGCUUUCGAAAAUAGAUACUGUGUGCUCAAGGGAUUCCUUCUUUCGAAGCAGAAAAGCAAUCAACCGAUGAUGACGAUGAUCGGCAGCUUCGGUCAGCAAUCUGCUGCUAGCUUCCAUCAUCGGCUACCGAAGAUAGACCUUCCUAAGUUCAGUGGCGAUGAAUCAAGAUGGAUAUCAUUUAGGGACAACUUCAUUUCGAUGAUCCACAGCAACGACGAUAUACCGACUGUAAACAAACUUCACUACCUUUUGCAGUCGCUUGAAGAAGAGGCCAAGAAACCAUUUGAAAGCGUGGAUAUUCAAGCGGACAACUAUGCAUCGACGUGGGAUGCGUUGUUAAAGCGGUAUGACAACAAGCGGUUCCUAAAAAGAACUGUUUCGAGGCUUGUUCGAUCUACCAGUAAUGAACAAGGAAUCCGCCGCCGAUCUCAACACAUUAGUAGACGAGUUUCAGCGUCGUGUGAAGGCUCUGGCCAAGCUGGGGAGCCUGUAAUCCACUGGGAUACUCCACUUAUCUUCAUUCUUUCUAAGAAGCUAGAUGCCUCAACGCUUCGUGCCUGGGAGCACGAGACUCGCCAGAAAGACGAAGUGAGGUACGACGAACUGAUCGACUUUCUCUCGCAGCACAUUCGUAUGCUGAAGUCGGUAGCCAGUGACUUACAGCAACGAUCUCUGUCGACUAGCAUCAAGGUGGCCGGACCUUCAACCAAGAAAACUCCUGCGUUCAAAUCCGUGGCAAACCCAGCCACCGCUGAAGUUAUAUCAAAUGUUCAACUAUGCCCUGCAUGCAGCCAAAACCACCAGUUACAUCAGUGUCCGACCUUUAAUGAGCUGUCCAUAUCCCAACGACGAGAGUUGGUAGUCCAACGGAGCUUGUGUCGGAACUGUUUUCGGCUUGGCCAUCAAGCACGAGUUUGCAGAUCUAGAUUCAGUUGCCGAACUUGUCAGGCCAGGCAUCAUACUAUGCUGCACGAGAACGUAGCAGUCUCAAAUUCGACCACCACUCCUAUCGAAACGUCGACUAUUUCUGCACAGCAACCUAACCUAUCCACACCAGUGAUUGCUGGUACCUCUGGAUCUGCGCAUCCACCGGAAGUCAGCAUGGCUAUCCAAUCGAAGCACAGCACAGUCUUAUUGGAAACGGUUUCGCUUUUCAUUGUCGACUAUAACGGCAGAAGAUUUCCGGUUCGAGCGCUUUUGGACUCCGCAUCGAUGUCCAAUUUUAUUACGAAAAAGUUGGCAAACGAUCUCGGCAUCCGCCGAACUAGCGUAGAUGUAACCGUCGCCGGACUUGGGGAAUCCGUCAAAAAGGUGAAACGUCAAAUCACUGCCACAAUUGAAUCCAAAACAAGCAGCUUUUCCACCACACUCGAAUUCCUCGUCAUGAGAAAACCCACUGCUUCUCUCCCGACAGUUCUUAUAAACACAGCGGCGUGGAACAUGCCAAACGUUCGAUUAGCCGACCCACACUUCAACAUUCCGAGCAUGAUCGACAUCAUAAUUGGCGGAGAGUGCUACCACGAAAUCCACACCGGUAGUCGCUUAUCCAUCGGUGACGGUCUUCCGCUGCUAGUCGACACACGUUUCGGAUGGACAGUUUCGGGCAAAACAACCACCAAUCCCACAGUAGCACCGCCAGUGUGUUAUCUCUCGACCGUCGACCCAGUCGAUCAAAGCCCGAUAUACUCGGAAGAAGAGAAGCAAUGCGAGGAGUUUUACGCAACCACCACCACUCGAACUCAUGACGGAAGGUACGUCGUUCGCCUUCCCCGGUCCGACAAUCCGCAAGUCACCCUUGGCCAAUCUCGACAAAUCGCCACCCGUCGCUUCUACAGCCUUGAGCGACGCCUUGAACGAGAUACCGCCUUGAAGAGCUCCUACCAUAAUUUCAUCGAGGAAUACCUCCGCCUGGGACACAUGCGCAAGCUAGAUUUUGUCGACGACGAUUCUCCACAUUGUUACCUUCCACACCAUCCGGUAGUCAAAGAGAGUAGCACCACCACGAAGCUUCGAGUGGUAUUCGACGCCUCCUGUAAGACCUCCUCCGGAAUGUCGCUCAACGAUACACUGCUCGUUGGACCAGUCGUUCAACAGAAUCUCGACUCCAUCAUUAUCCGCUUUCGCUUCCACGCUAUUGCCAUUGUCGCUGACGUCGAGAAAAUGUAUCGUCAAAUACUACAUUCUCCUGUUGAUCAACGCUUCCUACGUAUACUAUUCCGCCGACAGCCGUCGGACCCUCUCGAUACCUACGAACUUCUUACAGUUACGUAUGGAACGGCUUCGGCACCCUUCUUGGCAACGCGCACUUUACAACAAUUAGCAAGAGACGAAGGAGAAAACUCCCCGAAAGCCGUAGAAGCAGUCGUCGAAGAUUUUUAUGUGGACGAUCUACUUACUGGAGAAGACAAUCUGGCCUCUGCUGUAGAAAAUAUAAAGAAAUAA